AUGGUGGACGGGAUGGAUGGGGACACGGUGAUGUUCGCACAGACCUGCCUUUCCUGGGUUGGCACCGGGCAACAGCACUCACCACAUGCUCGUGAAAUCGUAUCUCAUAAAGCCUCAAAGAGGACUUUCAGAACUGCUUCAGAAUGUGGCCAGAAUCCCCUGCAGGGACAAGGCAGGUCUCUUGGUUCUGAACCCCCAGCUGUUGGCUCGGCGAGCAGUGCACAGUUAGAAUUCCAGAGUCCACCAGCGGACGCGCGAGUGAGUGAUCAAAGCCUCAGAAUACUCCCGGUGGGUCUCCCAGGGGCAACGCGCGGGCACCGGGCACGCCCCUGGACACCUCGCUUUCACACAUCAGGACCACACGACGUGAGAAGCGACCUGGAAGCAGCCGAGGGCGGUCCCAAGCGGGAAGCGGUUCCGUCAGAAGGCUGGCAACGUCCUAGGUCGCCUUGCUGCUCCACCGCGCCUGCCCACCGUCCUACUCGGUGCUCGCGGGGUGCAGAGGAUUCCGCGUUCGUGAGGGGGCUUUCUGCACCUCCACGGCAGAGCCUCGCCUUCCCUCGAUUUUCAACACCGAGUCGGCCACGGCUCCCUGUUCAGUUUCCCACCGGGGUCAAAACCCCGAAGUCCUUUCUGGACUCGGAGCGGAGGCCGAGGGCGGUCCCGCGUGUGGAAGGGCUGUCCGGCCGCGGGGUCCGGGUGCCAGCGCGGGACCGGGGCGCAGGGGCACCGCCCAC